AUUAUUUAUUAACAUUUUUAUAACAGAUUUAACAAAUACUGAGUUGUAAAUUGAAUAUGGAGUCACAAUCAACAGAUGAUCAAGAUCAAUUUUAUCAAAAAGGCCCAAUUAAAUUCAAAACAAAAUCUUCUAAAAAGAAGAAAAAUAAAGAUAUUUCCAAACCUAUAAAUAUUUCUAAGCCUGAAAAUCUUGCAAAAGUUAUCAUCACUCACAACAAAACGAAAGCUGAGAAGGUUUUUGAAGAGAGAAAGUUAGCAAAACUAACUGAUUGGGCAUUAGAUAAAGCAAAAAAGACUCAUAGACAAAAAGUUGAGGAAUUCAACAAAUAUCUUGAUUCACUUUCAGAAUAUUACGAUGUACAAAAAGUCAGCUGGACUAAAUAAUUUGUCUAAGAAUAUUUUACAUCUAUAUUAUAAUGUUUAUAUCAUUUAUUGAUUAAUAAAGAUGACCCUUAUUUUAUUAUUAUAAGCUGAACAAAUAUUAGAAUUUAAAGUGGUUUGAUUAAUUUAUAU